CCAAGGUCAGUUGUCGUAAUGUGAUCAUUCUACACUGGCAAGUAAUACUAAUGCAUUUUAUAUGCAGAAUCCCGGCUUACAGAGGACAGAUCAUUAUAGGUCUGCUGAAUAGUUGGAUUAUGGUUCAAAACGACCAAAAUGAUGAUAGUCAAGAUCUGCGCAAACUCUUGACAGAAAAUUGGCAGUUACUUAGAAAAAUAGGUGGAUCGAAGGUUGAGAUCGAUAUUGAAGCCAUAACAUCAGAAUUGAAAAUUAAAAGUUUGCCUUCUACCAUUUGAACUCCGGUCGUUCUCUCUGUCUGUCGUUUUCUUAUUGUUCUGAAUGUUGAAGGAGAUCUACAUUGUUCGUCACGGCUACCGCAACGACUGGGAGCAUCCAGGAUCUCUUUCACCAACUGGGCUGCCACAUGAUCCUUCACUUUAUACCAUAGGUGUCCAACAAGCAGAAGAAACCGCACAGAUUUUGAAGGAAAAGCCCAUUCAAGCGAUUUUCUCAUCUCCGUUCUACCGGUGUCUUCAAACUGCCAAACCCACAGCUAAUGCCCUUGGAAUGAACAUCAAUGUUGAAUAUGGUAUUGGGUAAGUAACAGAAAUUUG